AUGUUGCGUGCACUCCAAAGAUCAUUUAUCUCUACCUCUCGUCUCUACUCAACGGCGACUCCAAAACUUUCAUCAGAGCUCAAGAAUAAGAUUGACAAGAUGGUCAAGGCGGACGAUGUCGUAGUUUUUAUGAAAGGAACUCAACAAGAGCCGAUGUGUGGAUUCUCACGAAACGUUAAAUUAGUUCUAGACUUUCACGAUGUAAAAUUCAAAGAUUACAAUGUACUGGAAGAUCAAGAACUGCGGGAAGGAGUUAAGGCUUACAGUGAGUGGCCAACGAUUCCUCAGGUGUUCGUGAAGGGAGAGUUCGUCGGUGGAUGUGAUAUUGUAGUGCAAAUGCACAAAGAUGGAGAAAUUUCGUGA